UUGAAGCCAAGACUUGUAGGAGGUUACCUUUUUGAUCCUAUAAAACCCCCUAAAGUGUUCCUAGUCAGUAUCAAAUCAAAAUGGCAAGUCCAAUACUAGGAGGGGGAAACAAGUACAGAGACUACUUGACUGAUGAAGACAUCGCAAAUACUAAAUGGAGGUUUGGUCCUCCUAACUAUGAUAUUGUGGAUAAGCUCUUUGAACAAGAAAGAACUCAUGAAUGGCCUGAAGGAUCGCUUGAAGAGAAAGUGCAGAGGCUAUUGAAGACUUGGGAAAUGGAAUUAGUCCACAAGGCAGAUCCUAAUCAAUUCAAAACUCUUGAUCCAAAUAAGUUCACCAUUAGCGUCAAUGGUAGGAAAGAUUUGACACCGGAAGAAGCUGCAGAGGCCGGGGGUAGCUAUAACAUAUUCCUCCAAACGUCGUUGCCAGAGAAUGUUCGAAUCUACAAUCCUGAUGAGGAAACAGGAGAAUCUUCACAGAUAGUUUUCCGAUCCGUAUUUUUACGAGGAUUCGCGAUCGAGAUCCUCCAAGUUUACUCAGGACCACCAAAAAUUGUGUACAGGUUUAGGCAUUGGGGUCACAUGGAAGGUCCAUUUAAAGGACAUGCUCCAACUGGAGAACUUGUAGAGUUCUUUGGGAUUGGCACUUUUGAAGUGGAGAAAGAGAGUAACAAGAUUGUGAAGGCAGAGAUGUUCUUUGACAGAGGAGAAUUGCUUGGACCACUUGUGAAAGGAGAGAGCAAUGGUGAAUCCACAAGUGCAAUAGCAUUGGCUGCUGCAAAAUGUCCUUUCAUGCAAUAAUUAGAGAAAGCAUCAUCCUUUUAAUCUGCACUUAUUUUCAACUACUUUCAAGAUCCACGAUCCUUUGCACUUAGUGUAAAAGCUAUGGUCAUGUUUUAUUUUACUUACUAGAAAUAAGAGUGUGUACUUCCCAGUUGAAGACUUGUUUCUUCAAUAAUCUCAAAUAAAAUGUACCCGUGUUUCAUCA